AUAAGGAAAAUUUACCUUAUCAGCAAUCGGCUUUUUUGGGCUGCUGUGGCCAAUAAAAGCCUGUGUGGGCACAGCCACAGCACAGCACACGGGUGACCAGGAGCACAGCCCAGCAGCUUGGAGAGCAACGUCUGGCUGGACCAGAUUUUAGACACUAAAAUAAUUUUGAAAUGGACCGAUAUGAAGAUGUGUCAGAGGGUGAAGUGGACCAUUCAUUCUUUGAUAGUGAUUUUGAAGAAGCACCAAAGAAAGAUAAAGAAAAUAGUGAGCUCAUAGGAAAAGUAGGUACACGUGUAGCAUCAUCAGACUUGUCAUCAGAAACCAAAUCAAGAGAAGACUCCUGUCCUAAUGAGGAAAGUGAAGAGAAACAGAGAGCUUUGCUAAAGGAGCAGUGCGUAGAUGGCAACACUGUCCAUCCUGGGAAUGCUUCUUCAUUGUCACUUUCUCCUGAUUCAGAGAAUGCAGGUACCUCUGGGAGAAUAUCUACAACAAGUAGAAUACAGGAAAAUGUUCCAGCUGGAAUCCCCAAAAUAGUUAAAGAAGGUGAAGAAGACUAUUACACAGAUGAAGAGGAUAGUAGUGAUGAUGGCAAAAAACAAAGGGUUAGACCUAAGUCGGCAAAGCAGUCUAGCGGCAUAAAGAAAGUUAACAAAAAAUAUACCAAUAUCAGCUCCUCUUCCUCUUCCUCCUUCUCUUCCUCCUCCUCCUCAAGUUCAGAUACAGAUUGUUCGGAUACAGAUUCUGACAGCUGCAUAUCAGAUUCAUCCCACUCCUCUUCAAAGAGAAAUACGUGUACCUUGGCUCUUCUGUCUCCACGGCAAAAGUUCAGAUCAGGAAUAAAAUCAGUGGAAUUAAAACCGAAGCUUGGUGACUACACGGAGGAGUCUGAAGAUACAGUGACUGACGUUACUCCUCUGUCAACACCAGACAUCAGUCCUAUCCAGUCUUUUGAACUUGCAGCAUCAAAUGACAAGAAACUGAAAAUAAAACGACAGGAAAAUGUGAGCCAAGAACUAUAUGAUUCCGAGAUUGAUCGCAGAUAUAAUCGAAAGGUUUUGCAUGAUGCUAUGGACUUGAAUCAGCUUUUGAAAGCUUUUCUACACUUGGAGAAGAAAGAGCAGCAAAAGAUGGUCAUUGAUCCACCAUCUAAAGGGUCAAGAAAAAAUUACUCUUUCACAAAUGAGGAAGUAAAACAAAUUGAUCGGGAAAACCAAAGGCUCUUAAAAGAACUGUCCAGACAGUCUGCAAAGCCAAGGAGCAAAAGUGCCGCAAUGAAGAAGUCUACUCUCCCACCUCCUAAGUUAUACCACAGUGCCCUCAACAGGCAAAAGGAACAGCAGAGGAUUGAAAGAGAGAAUCUGGCUCUUCUGAAGAGACUGGAAGCUGUGAAACCAACAGUGGGUAUGAAACGUUCAGAGCAGCUGAUGGACUAUCAGCGCCAGAUGAAUUAUCUAAGUUCUUCACCAUCUGCAAGACGAGGAAAGUCUGCAUUGAGCCAUCUUAGCCCUUCAAGAGGAACUUCCAGAGCAUCCAGUGUACCCAGUGCCAUCAGUCGUAGGAGUGAGAGACCAGUUUCUGAUUCAUCCAGUGGGGCAUUACAGAGACCUAAGCCCACUAACGUUCGUGCUGCUUGGUUAUGAAUUAUUUCUACUUAGCCUAACAUUCUUAUUUGAUCAGCAGAUUUCGAUUUCUAAUGCUUUUGUAAAUUCUUUGUGCCAGAAUAUUGUAAUCUGCAUCAUUUGGUGAUUAAAGUGCACUGCAGUAUGAUGUAAUUUCUUGUAAAUUUGGUUUUAAAUGGAAAAUUUAUUUCUAAUCAGUGUUUUCCAAAAAGACUAUAUUUAUAAAAGAGAGGCAUUUAACAGACAACUAGAAAUUGCACAAACCUUUAUUUUAUUCUCAAAGCACAAAUGAAGUUCAUAUGUGAUGCUAGAAUGAUAUAGUUGCUGCAUCUGGGACCCAAGAUGUAAAACAAAAAUCCAGUUGUUUUUGUUUUAAUUUUUAAAUUGCAAUAAACUGUCAAGCAUGUACUUUACUCCUGAAUUGUCCUAAUUGUUCAUUCUUAUUUAAAGUUAGCCUUCAGAACUUGUAGGUCAAUUAAUGGUAGAUCAGAAAUGCUCCUUUUUAUUGCUGUCUCCAGGACAGCUUUUGAUAAAGUAAAUGUGUAAGUUCUGUUUUUCUCCAUUGAUGUGAAUAGAGUUUAUAAUUCAGAGAGGUGGAGACAAGACUCUUUGUAACAGCAGAAGUCUUCAUGGUUAACUAGCAGUCGCACCACUUCUUUUAUGUGGCAGUGUUACAAUAUUGAAGGUGCUGGGUUUAUUUUCUGAUACUAUUGCAGAUCUCUCUUGCUCUGUAUCAAAUAGCAUUCAUUCAGGGUUGGAAGUGAAACUUUUCCGUAACUUAAAGGAAGUUUAUUAGAUUUCUGGGAAAGGAAGGACCUGAUGUAUUGGAUGGAAUCAUAUGUUGGGUAGGAGAACAAAUUUCAAGUACAAUGCAGUUGAAACCUGUUAGCUUCAGUGUGUCAGUGCCCUGAUGCUAUGUUGCUCCUAGGUGGCUGUUGCUCCUAUAGUGAGAGUCAUCUGAAUAUGUGGUAGAUAAGAGCCCCUGGGAAGUGUCUGUUGCUUUCAUCAGGUACUGCUGCAAAGGGGUGUCUGCUGGACUGGUAUAAACUGUUCCCCAGCCUGGGUAUUGGACAGCAUCAGGGCCUUGAUUGGUACUAUUUGCAAGCCUCUGCAUAUUCCUGUUAGUGGGUAUAACUAACAGGAGCUACAGGAGAUAAAAAUGAGAUGUUAUUCUCAUUAACUAAGUGCAACUGCCACCCAGGAUUAGAAAAGAGGGCUAAGUAGAACCUUGGGGAUGAAUCUGAAGUUUUGCUCUUCUGACCUACAUUUUUAAUGUUAUGCUAAUGCUGAGUCCCUGGAGAUGUUUCAGACCAAACAUGGCAUCAGUAUGCAUGUAUCCAAUGUAAAGCUUUCAUGGAAGUACUAGUAGAAUGCAGUAUGUGAUGUAGUUUAUUUCCAUAGCUAAAGGCAAAACUUUCACCAAGCUUUUUUAAUUGCUGGCUGCAGGAGUUUUUCAUUAACAGCAUGAAUUAUUAUAUGACUGUCCAUAGUUACUACUAUACUUCUGCUUGCUCUCCCCACUCCUUCCUGUGGAAAUACUGGGAGUCCUUUUGUGUUAAACAUGAAGAAAAAAAAGCUUUGUUAAAUAAUGUUGAGACCUAGACCUACAAGAACCAAGCUCAUUUUUCUCCCCUGUGCUUGUCAAAGGGGCAUGAAGUUCUUAAUAUUUAAUAUUGUUGUCACUUGAUACAAAGCAUCAUGCAUUGUCAUGGUCCUCUCUGAUAACUUGAUGAAUUGUACAGGCUAAAGAAGCUGACUUUUGUGAAUUAAAUUUAGAUCCUUGACAGUAUUUUAAUUCCAUUUUUUAAACUUUUAAGAGUUGUGUGGCAAACAGCUGUCAAUGAAAUACUAUUGUUCUUUUAUCGAAACUGUAAUGUAUUUUUUGUAUAGUGCUGCUGUAAUUUGUACUAAUGUGAUGAUUAAAAGUAUUCACCAUUUAAAGAUUUUGAUCUUGAAUGUGAAUAUGGGGGUCACUUUAAAUAUGUUUAAAUAUUCAUGUGAACUUUUUUCUUUUGAAUUCACAAAAUGGAAUUAAUCAUCUAAUCUUAUUUAUUUUAAUUAAGG